UUGUCUUCCCGGUUAAGUUUCCACCAACUUUCCACAUUUUCUGCUUUGACCAUCACACUUCACAUAUCAUUACACUUUACAGUACUGUAUGAAGAUCUCAAAAAUCCACUAUCCUCUACCUCAGAUCUCCAAACAAAAAAUCUGAAAGGCAAAGGAACGCGACGACGACAAGGUUACGGACAACGGUCGGCCGACGAGUGCAAAAAGCAGCUGUGACGGUGAGAUCUGCGAGGCGACCCGGAGAUAGAGUCAGAGAGAGAGAGAGGGAGACCCGAUGGGGCGGCGAGCCGGCGACAUAGAGAGAGUGAGACCCGGCGGGGCGCCGAGCCGGCGAUAGUGAGAGUGGGAGACCCGACGAGCAGCAAAUCCACUUCGGCGAUACAUUUAGGUAAAUAUGACCGAUGAACCCGAUCUUUCUUUCCAAUCUAGAUUUGGUUUUUUUUCUCGACUACGAGUAAGCUCCUCCAAGUUCAUAUCAUCAUUUUCUGUUGCAUUGCUCUGGAAAUUACUGGGAUUUUUGUUUUCAUUUUGUUUUCUGCGUUCUCUGCUCUGGUGUCGAAUAUAUACCGAUUCAAGCAAGGGGAGGAAUCCGGGGAUCUAUAACUCCAAUCCUCGGAGAUCUGAGCCGGGCAUCAAUUUGGACGAUGAUUUUUCGGCCGAGUUUCAGGAUUUCAAGGAUUUCUCAAACGGUGAAGGCGAGGUCGUUACUUUCUCUGGUUCGAAGAGCUCUGGUGUUAAAGUAACUAGCUUCGUAUGCUUCUGCUUUGUGGUGAUUCUGGCGUUGGCAAAUCAUGUCUUCUUCUGAAGUUUACUAUGCUAAUGUGUGAAUUGUACAAUUACAAAGAAGCUUCUGUAUCGAGUGAUCCCAAGUUUGAUCACAUUGAUCUUGCAGAGGAGCAAAAGGGCACCAACUGGAGAACAGAACAUGUGAUCUUUAAGUCAUCCAUGGUUCACUCUGUUCAGGCAGCACCAGGAUAUCCUCCCCAAGAUGCAGAUGGUGAAAGUGAAAUUGGGGAUUUUCUUACUCAUCUCUUUUCUCCAAUCUUUAUGAAGGUAUCAACCACUUCUCUUAUUGUUGAUCUUUUAGCUUUUUCGUUCAGCCUUCACCAUUACAUUUUUGGAGAAUGGGGUGAUAUGAGGGUUGUCUAUUCGCUUCAAGUGAUCGAACGACAUGGUAAGAAAUUGAUAGAACAUGGCGGCGCCAAAGAAUUUAUAGAGCAUGUUGGGGUUGUCGAGGGAUCAAUAUGCAGUUUCAUGUUGCUUCCAGCUCCUAAUCUAUCAUUUAGGGUGGUUGUGUAG